AGUGAUCGACUCCAACUCGGGUUCUCGGAGGGGGAGAUGUUUGGACUCCGCUCUGUUACCAAGAAGGGUUAAAGGCGUGUAGGGAGCCAGCCUCCGACGCACCGAGAGGUGCGCUGCCCGUUCUCGAAAGAGGUGUGCGGAUAGCGAGAGAGCUAGGAAGGCUCGCGGGAGGAUUUGGCCAGACCUUCUGCCUUUGAGACGAAUAUGGAGUUUUACAGUGCUUGUGUUGGGCGACUUCUGUAUCAUCGACCACGCGUCCAGCCGCGAUGAUCACAGCGAAGUAGCAACUUUAUUUCGAGACUGUGUGGAUUACUCGCUUCCAUAUAUACGUCAUGAUGGAUCAAACAGUUACCGUUUGAUGCAGCUGGGAUGCCUGGAGUCCGUGGCCAACUCCACCGUCGCCUAUUCCUCCUCCUCGCCACUCACUUACUCCGCCACCGGCACUGAGUUCGCCUCCCCCUAUUUCUCCACCAACCACCAGUACACCCCCCUGCACCACCAGUCCUUCCACUACGAGUUCCAACACAGCCACCCGGCCGUCAACCCCGACGCCUACUCCUUGAACUCGCUCCACCACUCGCAGCAGUACUACCAGCAGAUCCACCAUGGAGAACCCACCGACUUUAUUAACCUGCACAACGCCCGGGCGCUCAAGUCCUCUUGCUUGGACGAGCAGAGGAGGGAACUUGGCUGCCUAGACGCUUACCGGCGCCACGACCUGUCUCUUAUGAGCCAUGGCUCCCAGUAUGGGAUGCAUCCAGAUCAAAGACUCCUGCCAGGACCAAGCCUUGGGCUUGCCGCCUCGGGAGCAGACGAUUUGCAGGGCUCAGUGGAGGCCCAGUGUGGGCUAGUGUUGAACGGCCAAGGUGGGGUGAUAAGGAGAGGUGGUACAUGUGUAGUCAAUCCCACGGAUCUCUUUUGCUCAGUUCCUGGCCGCUUAUCUCUGCUCAGCUCCACUUCCAAAUACAAAGUGACCAUUGCAGAAGUGAAGAGGCGCUUGUCUCCACCAGAAUGCCUCAAUGCCUCUCUCUUGGGAGGGAUUUUAAGAAGAGCAAAAUCCAAGAAUGGAGGCCGUUGCUUGAGAGAAAAAUUGGACAGACUGGGCCUCAAUCUGCCUGCAGGGAGGAGGAAAGCAGCAAACGUCACCCUCCUAACAUCCUUGGUAGAAGGAGAAGCUUUACAUUUAGCCAGGGAUUUUGGCUACACCUGUGAAACAGAAUUCCCAGCCAAGGCAGUUGGGGAACAUCUUGCCAGACAGCACAUGGAACAGAAGGAACAGACAGCACGGAAAAAAAUGAUCCUAGCAACAAAGCAAAUAUGUAAAGAAUUCCAGGACCUGCUGAGCCAAGACAGAUCACCCUUAGGAUCCUCAAGACCGACUCCAAUAUUAGACCUGGAUAUCCAGAGACAUUUAACACAUUUCAGUUUGAUCACUCAUGGCUUUGGAACUCCUGCGAUAUGUGCUGCCCUAAGCACUUUCCAAACUGUUCUCAGUGAAAUGCUGAACUACUUGGAAAAACACACGGCACACAAAAAUGGCGGAGCAGCAGAAUCCAGCCAAGGACACGCCAACUCAGAGAAAACCCCCCUGCGGAAAACUUCAGAGGCUGCUGUGAAAGAGGGCAAAACAGAAAAGACAGACUAGCUACAUCAAACAGAAUCUAUUUCCAGAGAACCUUGCUGCUGAUAUUUUUUUUAAAACAUAUAUCUAUCUAUAUAUAUCUAUAUCUAUAUCUCUCAUUGAGGGUGAUUUAGCUCCAGUGGACCAAACCGAAUGGGGGGGGGGGGGGAAGCGAAAACAAAAAGAAAACAAAAACAAAGCCACCAACCCUACUGACCCUAGGAACAGCAAUGUACAGUAACCGUGUGAUGAAAUUGUCACUUUUAAAAAAUGUUGCUCUAAACUGCUUUGUGUGUGGGUGUGGGUGAGGAUGUGUGCGCACGUACAUUUGAUCAUUCCAAAUGAUACACUGAGACCAUUUUUUCCUUAGUGCUUCCAGACUUGGGAGAAGCAGCACAGCGCUACUUGUUACAGGCUAGGCCUGAAACGCUUUUCUGGCUGGACAGUGUAAUUGGAGACAAAGCAAAAACAGCAGCCUGGGAUGAGCAGCCCUCGGGGGAACUUGGGUCAUGCCACCCAUUCAAUGGAUGGAGUGCCUCUUCCCAUUGCCCCAUGAAAGACAAUUUGGAAGAAGACCUGGAAUGGGAAAUGGAAGACCUUGUCAAUCCUGGAAAUAAGGAAUGCUGCAUGAAUGGGACUGAAUAUCUGGGUCUGGGAGUUGAUGGUAAAUCCACACAGGAGAUAUGCCAAAGCCUGCCAAGGAUCAGCCAUUCUAUUUCAAGGAGAUGUCUUGGUGCCAUGGGAGGGUGUCACAAAUUCCGAAGAAUGAGCCCCAGCCGUUGAAGCUGGAGCCUUCUUCCCUCUAGUUAGAAGAGACCAGACUGAAUAAACUAGAGCUUCUGACCCUCCUUCUUACCUGCCUUUAAUCACUGCAGCUGAAUAUCAUCUUUGCAGGGGUCGAUGUUGGUGACUGGAGAGGCCUUUUGUGUUGCCUUGAUGUGAUGGUGUGUCUCUCUUCCCUUUCUGUUCAUUUGCUUGUUUAAUAAUUUGACUAUGAUUCAACACCACUAUUCAGAUGUUCCCAGAACAGGCCUUGGAAGGAGAGCAGGAUGGCAUCUGCUCACACUCAUUGCCCUCCCCCCAAAUAUCUAUUUGACACAGUGUUUGAGACAGCCUACACAUGUACAGACUGCACAUAUGUGGCUGUCCAGCUGUAAUUGGACUACAACUCCCAUCAUCCUACACUGUAGUCCAUUAUGGCAGAGGAUGAUGGGAGCUGUAGACCAGCAGCAACUGGAGAGAGUUGGCUACCCCUGGUCUCAGCUAUCAGGGAUCCUUGAAUAGGCAGGGCCCUCAAUCAUGCUAGUAGAGCCUACGUACAUACAUACAUACAUACUGUAUGUUAGUGCAAAGGCUCUUUCAGACAUUAUGUCAAAUGUGGGUAGGGGUGGAACCAAGGACUGUAGGUUCCAGUGGGAAUAAUCCCACUCCCUUACUCUAUGAGCAUUCAGAGAAAGUCUGGACAGUGCCAGUGUUUCCCCAGAAUGCACACUCAAAAACGGAAGACCAGCAAGAUGACUGCAUUCAUGUUCAGAGCAGAAGGGGAAAUCUGUCAAGACCAUGUCCCAGAUAGCCCAAGGCUUCAAGUGUCUAACAAAAUGCUUGAUGGUCUAUCCCAUGACAGUCUAAACUAAUAUUCCUUGUUCCGUGCUUAUGAUGCUUCAAACCUUGCCCCACUUAUUCUGUUUGCUCUGCUUUGGGUAAGAACAAGCCACUCAAGGAAUGGAAGAACCUCACUUGUUCUGCUGUGGAAUAAAUUUGAAUGUAUGCAUCAUCUUACCAGGCAUCUGUUGGAAGUUCUGGUUGAUUAUCUUGAAAUCAGAUUGUUUUGAUAGUCUCUGGUGUGUGCUGACAUCAUCAACACAAGCCAGGACUUUCAGGCCUCUGGAUGUGCUGUGCUCAAAUUCUCUUUCCUUGGCUCCUUGUGGUCGUUCUGGUUCCCUCAUUACAGUAACUCAGGGGUUCUCAAACUUGGGUACCCAUAUGCUGUUGGACUACAGCUCCCAUCAUCCUCAGCCACAAUGGCCAGAGGUCAUCGAAUAGGUGACAGCCUUGACCUAAGAGUUAAUCCUCUUUCCUCCUCCUCCUUAAAAUAAUAUAGUGCUUCUUCUGACACGCCAUACUCGCACAACCCUCCAAAACCUCAGAGGAAAAUCAACUUUUCAUUAAAGUGUGGUGAAAAACAUUCAGAAUAAUAUAGGGUUGCCAACUUAUCAUCCAGGUUUUGUAGCUGUGCUUUAAACAGUGGCUUGAUCUAUACAAAUUAACAGGUGAAGCUUUGGCUAACUGCUGCAGGUCUAUCCGCUAUUAAAUGUACAGCUACAAGUAUCAGCUGGACAUUUGGCAACUUUAUAUGUAUCAAAUAUUGCCCUGUGAUGGUUUCCAUCACCCACUUCCCUCCGGUCACUGGGAACCCACAGAUUUGGUUUUGAAAAUACUUUAGCACUUGACUUGAAAAGGAAACACAUACACGUGAGUAGUCCCCAUGUGUGAGCUAUGUAGCAUUGCAGCCAUGAAUUCACCUGAGAUUAUGGUUCUUGACUUUGCAGUGGAAAACAGCAUGUUGUGAUUUUCCAAUUUAUGGUAGAGAAGGGAUGCUCUUCCAUGAGCCUGUGACUUGUGAUACUGGUGGCCCUCAUGACCUGCGAUCCUGGCACCCACAGUUCCACAUAUCAGUGUUUGGGACCUAGGAACCCAAUUUAUUUGCAGAGCGAAAAUAGGGUUGUUUUCACCUAUCUGAGGUUCUUGAAGAGCUGGAGAUGACUUCUGAUUUCCUGCCGCCAUUUUGUAGUGCUGAGCCAUUUUGCGGCUCUUUUCUGCAAAAACAACAACAACAAAACAACCUCAAAAAGGAACAAAAAUCAGAGGAUUUUGAGGUUUAAGGGGCAUCGCUGGAGAGCCGAAGAGCAAGGUACUGUGCUUAUUUCUGUUGCCCCCACUUCUUCUUGUGAUUUCCACACACACACUUCAGUGUGCUUAGGAACCUAAUCUCCCCAUCCCCAUAGGGUUAAGGUCUCUUUAUCCACGACAGUUGGCGGUAACAGAACCCCCGCGGAUAACAAGGGCCACCUAUACUCAGGCGAGUGGAGUGCUCACAUAAGCAUGGUCAGCUUUUGUUUGUUAUACAAGUCAGUUGCUGGCUUAUUGUCAAAGCCACCUCUCAAAAUAAGCACCGUAUGUGCAGUGGCCUAUGGCACAGUUGGUUAAUCCAUUGGAGCCUGUUGGUAUGCCUACAUUAAGCAUUUAUGUGCCAUGAAUGAGGGAGCUCUGAAGGCCAGUCUGUUGCUGCAGUAGUAGCAUGUGUUUGAAAAAGAAAACAGAUGGGUGUAAACAUGGUUCCAUCAAAGUCAAUGGCACUGCAACAGACUCUCCACACUUAAAAACCAGUUAACUGAAUCUCCCAGCCCUUCAUAUUCAUGUACCCCAUGUCAAUGUAGGUUCAUUAAAAUAGUGCUAACCCUUAUGAUUGUGUAAAUGUUGUCGAUGCCCUUCAGGCCAUUUGGACAAAUGAUUUGUAUUGUAGUACCUUUGGGUUUGGAAUUCACCCACAGAUCAACAGUCAUCCUUUCUUGUUGGAUUUGGUGGUAAUAUUCUGUGUGGAGCAAGGGGAGCAGGUAUCUGGCCCUCUGUGGCCACCAUUUGUAACAUGCUUGCUGUGGUCAAUCAGCGUGCAUGAUUAUGAUUGCUGUUACCGAAAGGUAACUUUGUCUCUUCAAAAGAAAACUGUAGACCCCUGCUAACUGGGCAAAGAGGCACCUUUUACCAUGGCGAUUCUCUUUAUUUAGCAGGGGGAGAGUAACUGGCCCUAUCCACCCCCAGCACAGUAUCCAGUGACUGUUGCUGGUGUCUAUCUUAUGUUUCUUUUUAGAAUGUGAGCCCUUACGGGACAGAGUUCCGUCUUAUUUGUUUGUUAUUCUCUGUGUAAACCACCCUGAGCCAUUUUGGAAGGGCGGUAUAGAAAUUGAAUUAAUAAUAAUAAUAAUAAUAAUAAUAAUAAUAAUAAUAAUAAUACUCCUUAAGAUCAAAGGUGGACGAAUAUUUGGGAUUGUAUUGUCAACCAAUGGAGAGAGGCCCAAGGUACACGGAUAAUUACAUUUUCUGGUGGUACAAUAAAAAAGCUUUCCUUCGUUUUGAUACACUGGAGAACUCCUGAGUGCAGCUCUGGAACAGUUUUUUCUCCUCUUCAUAUUCAGUAAUCUCACUGGCGUAAACUAUUCAGUCCUCCUUAGAAAUCUUUUGGUUGCUCUUGUGGUUGAUUUAUAAAUAAACCCAUUCACAAAAAUUGCCAUCUCCUUUCUCUAACCAGACAGACAUUUGUACUUCAGGCCUCUUCACCUGGGCCUUUUUAAGGCUCUGAAAGGCCCAGGGGAAGAAUGUUCAUUUGAGUCCCACCUGACUUUUCUCUGGCUGACUUACUGUGCAAUAUUACUCACGUGGUAGAAUGGAAUGUUUUCACAGUAGUGCAAGAGCACUGCUGCACAAGAGCAAAAAGUGCAUAAAUGGAGUUGUGCAACAGUUCAACCACUACAUAUAAUGGCCACACUAUUGCACAACUCUAUGUGUGUGCGUGUGUGCGCGCGCGUGCGCAUGCGCAUGCGCAUGCAUGCUUCGCUGUUGUAGAACUGUGCAAACAUUAUGUUCCACCAUGUGUGUUUCAUUGCAUCCGAUGUUCAAUGUAAGAAGCCCAAAUACUGAAAUAACUCUUGGUUCUGGGGUGGUUGUUGUUUGAUUAUUUAUUAUUAUUUAUUUAAUUUCUAUACCACCCUUCCAAAAAUGGCUCAGGGAGGUUUACACAGAGAAAUAAUAAACAAAUAAGAAGGAUCCCUCUCCCCAAAGGGCUCACAAUCUAAAAGGAAACAUAAGGUAGACACCAGCAACAGUCACUGGAGAUGUGCUGGGGAUGAAUAGGGGGGCAGUUACUCUCCCCCUGCUCAAUAAAGAGAAUCACCAUGUUAAAAGGUGCCUCUUUGCCAAGUUAGCAGGGGAGUUAUAUAUUAACGGAAUAGUUUUACAGCCUCUACUGAAAAGGGUCGAUCAGAUCAUUUCAAAUACUGAACCAUAUUUGGAAGGGGCCCUCUAUUUGUGAGGGGCAAUUACCCACUUGCUCCCCCUGCCCUCUAGGGCCCUGCUGUUCACAUAUUAUACUGUAUUUUUUUUUCUAACGUAGAACUAAAACGAGUGGAUGUGACAAAUAGGGAACACAACAAUGUGUAUUUCAGACAAAUACACUUGUCCAAGAGUUGGGCUGGGCUGUAGCUGGAACUGGCUUGAAGGCCAGUUGGGUGGACAUGUGGUGACAAGCAUGCGUUGGCCUGUAAUGAGUGAAAUGACCCCUCACUUUUCAGUCCAUGUUCUCCAGAAUACAGCAACCAGGUUCCGUGUACAGCCUUCUCAACCCUCGAUGUAAAUACCACCCACUGCUCAUAUCAUGUUUUUGCAAUUUCCUCACAGGCAUGGUUGUUUCCUAGAAGCACUAACAUGGCGACAUCCUGGUUUUGUUUGCAGUCCUGAAGCACACACCCCUCCAUGUAGCCCCGAGUGAUUUUUCCUGAACAGACCUUAAAACUUUUCUCACUCUGGGAAUGAGAGAAUCAGAAAGGGCUGCUGAUUCAUCCAGAUGCAUUUGAAUUCCUCUUAGCCUUCAGAGAGGUAAUGUUGCUGCUCCAAUAGAAUUAUAUGGGAAGUGUAGUUUCUGACCCUCCUGGCUGCAUCACAGACUCUGUAGAAAAGCAGAUUGAGAGACUAGGGAGAUGAGGGCAUUUUCCUGCAUCAGAUAACAGUCACAUUUCCGUUUCUUUAAAUGAUAUUAAUUUUUUUUAUAUAAAAAAUAAUCCUUUUGUAAGAUGGAUUCUGUUCUGUACAGCAGUUGUUGUGAUUGUACUUAAAUGUGAGUGAGCACUUGGUCACAAGAAAGGCAAAUAUUAUUGUUUCUUCCCUGUUCCCCUCUCCCCACCCCAUUUUAAUGCGAUGAUUUAUAAUUUGGUGGUGAAAUGCAUACUCCUUUAUAUUUCUGUUCCCUCUAUGACUUGCCCAUUUGACAUGACUCUAUGGAGAUGAUGACCACAUUUAAUUAAACAUUUCACGGCAAUAAAAUCUAUGUUGAUUUAUGCACUCGGAA